GUUGAAGAGCGACGUGGGCUUCGACCUGUCCGAAUGCACACUGAACUGCAUACCCUCGCUCGGCGGGCGAGUGCUGAUGCAGCUUACGGACGGUGGAGUGCAGUACCUCAUAGCAGGGGCAAGGGCCAACAUGGGCAUCAAGAAGGGCCGCUACCUCUACGAGGUCAAGCUGGUGGAGUCUCUCAAUCCGGGUGAAGGCCCGCAGGGAUACAGAAGAAGCACUGGAAGAAAUAUAGUGAAGCUCGGCUUCUCGACAGAGGGGUCUCCUUUGCUUCUGGGAGACACCGACGACUCUGUCUUCUUCGACAGUGAGGGAUUCUACAACGCGGAGAUGAAGCGAGAGCAAUUCGCCCCGCGCUUCGCGCUCGGACGGGAUCAGACGGUGGCAGUGCUCCUCAACCUCGAUGGAGCCAGCCCGAACAAGAACACCGUGUCUCUCUUCAAAGAUGGCGUUCGCGUUUCGCAGCCGCAGAAGCUGCCGGAGGCAUUGGUCGGGAAGACCCUCUUCCCCCACGUUUGCUUCAAGAACAUGACCCUGCAUGUCAACUUCGCCUCCCCGCUCACGCCGCUAGCCUUCAAAUGCUACGGCGUCGCCGAAGCUCCCGUGACGGAUGCGGUGGCAGCAGCGAAGCCGAAGGAUGACAAGUUCGAAGUCCUUUUCCCGGUUGGGGUACCUGACGAAGGUACCUUUGACUGGCUGGAUGACUUCCUGGCCAAGAACCCGAAGUUUGUUGAGUUGUCGGACCGCGCCAUUCUGAAGUGGGCCGAGAAGAGCGGCUUCCACUGCGGAGAGGGACAAGCUUGGAAGCACUGCAACGACAAGCCUGACGUGCAGUUCCGAGUGCCCUACCUGGACGACUUCUCCGCUCGGCGGAUGAUCCAGGCCGUGGCCCCUUUGCAGCCGAGAAACUAUGUCGUCAUGGAGGUCAAGUCCAACCUCAUAAAAGAGGAGCGGGAGCAGCUCAUUAAGCGCUUCGCAGACAGUUGCUACAAGACAGUGGCCCAGGUGGUGAUGGGCGAGCCUCCUGCCGACUUCAAAGAGAAGGUGCACAAGGAGCUGUUGGCGGAAAAGCAGGAGAAAGUAACCCAGGAAUGGAAGAAGCGCAAAGCAGAACGAGAGCAGGAGAGGAUCGCCAAGAAGCGGCAGAAAGAGCUGGAGGAGGCGAAGAAGCGGGCGGAGGAAGAGGCGAAGAAGCGUCUCGAGGAGAUCGAGCGCGCCAACGCGGCCGCCGCAGCCGCAGCAGCUGCCGCCGCAGCUGUGGAGGCAGCAGCUGCUGCAGCAGCUGAAGCAGGUGAGACAGAGAUAAAGCAGGAGGACGCCGCGGCCGGCGAUGUCAAGAUGGAACAGGCCGAGACUGCAAAGACGGAGGAAGGCACGGAAGCAAAGCAGGAUGAGACCAUGGAGCCGAAGACCGAGGUGAAGCCUGAGGUCAAGGAGGAGGCAAAAGAGGAAGUGAAGGAGGAGGUCAAGGAGGAGGUCAAGGAGGAGGUGAAGGAGGAACCCAAGCCAGAGGAGGAACCAGAGGAGCCAGACGAGCCCUGCCCUGUGGCAGAGCUCGACGAUGCAGACAAGGCCACGUGGUUCAAGAAGAAGGCCGUGUCCGAUCUGACGGCCUGGACCUUCGGAGGAUCUUUCUCGAAGUUCAGCAUCCCAGACAAAGAGGAGGGCUUCGCUGACAUCCGCUACAGCUGGGCACCGGAAGCAGCUGCCAAGGAGUACCUGGGGCAGUUCCUUCGCAGAUGCAAAAUCACCACCAAGAUCGAAGACCUUGCGCCGGGAGAGUGGUUCAAGACCAAGCUCACCGAGUGGCAGGGCAUCCUCGAGAGUUGGAAAGCCACGCAGAGGGAGUUCCAAAUGAGACCGCCGCCACCGCCGCCUGCUGAGCCACCAGCAGAGGCGCUUCCAUCAGCAGACGCCGAGCCGACAGCGGAGCCGACGCCUGCUGCGUCUGCAGGAGAGGGCACCGAUGGUCAGGUGCCGCCACCACCGGCACCGCCACCUCCAGCAGAACCGGCCGGGGAGGCGACAGAGGCUCCGAAGGAGGCGACUCCGGUGACGAAGGCACCCGAGAAGCCAGUCCACGAGGUUGACGUCAUGUCGGUGCAGGAUGUGUGCAACGUGCGAAAUGAGACGCCCUUGUUUGCACUCUUCACCUUCGAG